UGGUGGGGGGUGGGGGUCGCGUGCGCCUGAGGGUGGCCGAGGCGCGCGCCGGGCCGCGCGUGCGCACGAGGGUUUCCCGCCCUGGCCGUCGGCGGCCAUGCCGUCCAGCCCCGGGACCGGGACCGGGACCGGGACCGGGACCGGUCCUCGUGCUCGCUCCGCCGCCCCGGAUCUGCAGCAGCAGCAGCAGCAGCAGCAGCAGCAGCAGCAGCAGCAGCAGCAGCGGCGGAGGCUGCCCAUCUUCCAGGCCCGGGGCCCGCUGCUGGCUCAGCUCCGCGGCCUGGACAGCGCCGUCCUCAUCGGAGAGACGGGCUCCGGGAAGACGACACAGCUCCCACAGUACCUGUACGAAGCCGGCAUCGGGCGUCAGGGCGUCAUUGCCGUGACCCAGCCGCGCCGCGUGGCCGCCAUCUCCCUGGCCACCAGGGUCUCGGAGGAGAAGAGGACCAGGCUGGGGAACCUGGUGGGCUACACGGUGCGCUUCGACGACGUGACGUCGGAGGCGACGCGGAUCAAGUUCCUGACGGACGGGAUGCUGCUGCGCGAGGCCGUGGCCGACCCGCUGCUGCGCAGGUACAGCUGCGUCAUCCUGGACGAGGCCCACGAGCGCACCGUCCACACCGACGUGCUCUUCGGGGUGGUCAAGGCUGCGCAGAAGAAGCGGAAGGAGCUGGGCAAGCCGCCCCUGAAGGUGAUCGUCAUGUCGGCCACCAUGGACGUGGACCAGUUCUCCCAGUAUUUCGGCGGCGCCCCCGUCCUCUACCUGGAAGGCCGGCAGCACCCCAUCCAGAUCUUCUACACCAAGCAGCCCCAGAGUGACUACCUCCAGGCGGCCCUGGUCUCCGUCUUCCAGAUUCACCAGGAGGCCCCCUCCUCCCAGGACAUCCUGGUCUUCCUGACGGGCCAGGAGGAGAUCGAGGCCAUGAGCAAAACCUGCCGAGACAUCGCCAAGCAGCUUCCCGACGGCUGCCCGCCGAUGGUGGUGCUGCCCCUGUACGCCUCCCUUCCCUACUCGCAGCAGCUGCGGGUCUUCCAGGGGGCCCCAAAGGGCUCCCGCAAAGUGAUCAUCUCCACCAACGUCGCCGAAACCUCCAUCACCAUCGCCGGAAUCAAAUUCGUGAUCGACACGGGCAUGGUGAAAGCCAGGAAGUACAACCCCGACAGCGGCCUCGAGGUGCUGGCGGUGCAGCGGGUGUCCAAGGCCCAGGCCUGGCAGCGGACGGGGCGGGCGGGCCGGGAAGACAGUGGCUCCUGCUACCGGCUCUACACGGAGGAGGAGUUCGAGAAGUUCGACAAGAUGACCGUCCCGGAGAUCCAGAGGUGUAACCUGGCUAGCGUGGUGCUGCAGCUCCUCGCCCUGAGGAUCCCCAACGUCCUCACCUUCGAUUUCAUGUCGAAGCCGUCCCCAGAUCACAUUCAGGCGGCCGUCGACCAGCUGGACCUGCUGGGUGCGCUUGACCGGAAGGAUGAGCAGCUGACCCUGACCCCGAUCGGGAGGAAGAUGGCAGCCUUUCCCCUGGAGCCCAGGUUUGCCAAGACCAUCCUCCUGUCCCCCAAAUUCCACUGCACAGAAGAGAUCCUGACCAUCAUCUCCCUGCUGGCCGUGGACAGCAUCCUCUACAACCCUCCGGCCCGGCGGGACGAGGUGCAGGCCGUCCGCAGGAAGUUCAUUUCCAGCGAGGGCGACCACAUCACCCUGCUCAACGUGUACCGGACCUUCAAAAGCGUGGGGGGCAGCAAGGAAUGGUGCAAAGAGAACUUCGUCAACGGCAAGAACGUGUCGCUGGCGGCCGAAGUCCGAACCCAGCUCCGGGACAUCUGCGUCAAGCUCUCCAUGCCCCUGGAGUCGUGUCGCGGGGACACCGGGAACGUCCGCCGGUGCCUGGCCCACAGCCUCUUCAUGCACGCGGCCGAGCUGCAGCCGGACGGCACCUACGCCACGGUGGACUCGCACCAGCCCGUGGCCAUCCACCCCUCCUCCGUCCUGUUCCACUGCAAGCCGGCCUGCGUCACCUACAACACGCUGCUCCACACCAACCGCUGCUACAUGCGGGACCUGUGCGUCGUGGACGCCGACUGGCUGUACGACGCCGCCCCCGAGUACUUCCGCAGGAAGCUGCGGGCCGCCCGGAACUGACCCCCGGGGGCGGGGCCGGCUGGCGGGGCCGGAGGGCCCGCCUGUCGCCGGGACCCCCCACCCCACCCCUCGGCCUCCCCCGCCUCAGAACUGCCCAGGAGGAGCCGGGCGUGCGCAGGGAUCCUGUCGUGGUGCUGGGGAGGGGCGCGGUAAGAGCGAAUGUGCGCGGUGGCUGGCGAUGCCUGCCGGGGAUCGCCUGGAUUCAGCGGGCUGCUCAGGAGUGCGUUUCCUCUGAAAGUUUCUGCUCCAGGAAACGGGAAGAAUGGACUCUUGGGGCGUCUUUAGGAAGGGGUGCUGAUGGCUGUGACCUCCCCGGGGGCGGGGGGGGUCUCACCACGGCCCACCGGCGGCCCCGCAGCCGUCCGGGGAGGGGACAUCGGCUCCCCCGUCUCCCACCCACCCCCCAUCAGUCGGUUCCCUCAGCCUAGUGUGCAGGGGGCUGCUGGGGGGCCACCCGGGCUUUCCGGGCCCCCAGAGGAGCCGAGCCCAGUGACCACUCCUUGCUCCCCAAGGGGGCCGACCAGGCAUUCCAGACUAACUGCUGAAAGCCUCGUCCAGGAACCGGGCACCAUCGGAUCCUAGUUUACAGCGGGCUCUGGAGGACCGGUUGCCCCUCAGGAAGAGCGGCGGGCCCGUUAGUAAAGCCCCCGCCGCCGAGACUCCCGGCCGUCCGGGCCUACCAGCGGCCAGCAGCCGUGUGGAGCGUGUCCGGGAUCGGGCCGGGCAGCGGUGUGGGCAGAGUGCCGUCUGUGGGCCGAGUACUGUUACCGAGUGCCGGCCGGGGGCCCGGGGCGUCCAGCUGGGGUGACGGUGAGCUCCUGCUGGAUAGCGUGGGCCCGGGGUGUCGGCCGGGAGGGCGUGGGUCGCCUCCCCUCCUGGACCAGAGUCUCUGGGAUCCUGCCCCGCCGGCGGGUACGGGUCCGAAGGCAGAGACGGGGUCGUGGGCGUGCGUCGCGACGGCUCGUGCCAGCGAGGCAGCGUGUGCCGGCCGGCCGGCCGGCCCGGGUAGAGAGCGCAUCAGCUUCCCCGCUCGGGCUGAUUGGGGCCCAUGCCCGUGGGCUCUGCCGUUCACCUCGCCCAAAGUGUCGCUCGUAUCUGCCUCUGCCUCCGCCUCCCCCUCCCCAUGUGGGAAAGGUGUUUCUAGAGGGAGGAAAAGGGCAACAGGGUCUCUCCCGAUGUUUGUCGGGGCGUGCAGAAGCCCCCUUCACCGGGCCGUCGUGCUGGAGGUGCAGUCCGGUGCUGUCCAUUUUCCAGUGUGUGCUCUUAAGAACACUUGAGAAUUUUUAUCCAAGCUGCUCAGGGAAGAAUUCAGAUGGGGAAAGCCCCCUCUGACACCAUUUAUAACGACAGACUGGCGAUUUGUAUGAGUCGUGGGGAGAGAGCCCCUCAAGUUUCACUUUCUUUUUAGACCGUGCUUUCCUAACUCCUCCGACGGCCUUGAUACCCCAGACCCGGGGACUGUUUCUGGCCCAGCUGGGCCCUGGGGGUGGUGAGGCCCCCUCACCCCAGCCCUCCGCACAAGCCUGUCCGCCCCCCUUCCUUCUGUUUCUGUGUGGAAACACCCCAGCUGCAGAAAAAGGCAGUAAAGCACAUUUCGUUCGGUCUCUGA